AUGGCAGCCGCUGAUCGGCCUAUCGUCCCCGAGCAGCAAAUCACACUCACGGGUCCCCUCGCCAAAGCUUGGGAGGACGCUCAUCUUCUGAUCGCCAUGAUGACUCCUGGUCAGCUUGGCGACAGCAAUCUACAACAUGCGACCGGGAACUGGGUGGAGCAGAUUGCCAUAAGCAAUCGCUUGGCCGAACUGGAGGACGAACUGAAGAAGCUCAAGGCUGCGGGGGACAGCAGACAAUCGACGGCCGCUCUGGAGAAGGCUAAAAGGUUGCUGGAAGCUGAGCGGGGUAAGACUUCCGGAUUGACAAGCGAGGUUGCCCGCCUCGAAGCCUUAGUCAAGCAGCGGGAUAAAGAAGUAAAGACCGCGACCGCUCGGAAGCUCAAGGCCAUUGAUGAUAUGGACUUGAUGAAGGUGGAGAACCGGGGGCUGGAACAACGGGUGAAGGAGCUAGACGCCUCACUAACUGCCGAGCGGGAGGAUCGCUCCGCCGAUCGGACCAAAGCAGAAGGAGCCUUGCAAGAUCUUCAGGCUACCCUGGAUGCUUCCCAGACCGCCCUCAAGGAUUACCAAGAUGGAGAGCCCGGUCGAUCGGCGGAGGUACGCAAAGCGUUCGUCCUCUCGGACGAGUUUGGCGAGAAAUUUACCGACAAGCUCUCCUUGACUUUUGAGGAGGCAAUCAAAGUGGCGGUGGAAUACAUGAAGAACAAAGGCCAUGCUCCUGCCGAUCUGUCCGUCCCUGCCGAAGACCUGGCGACCAUGAUGAGCUCCAUCCCUGACCAUCUUUUUAAUUUUGAUGACUAA